GGCCUGGGAGGAGGGCGGGCGUGGAGGGCGGUGCUCGGACGCGGGAUUGGCCCGCCCGCGGCUUCCCUCGCUCCCAGCCAAUCGUCGGCGAGGACUGCCUGGGGAGGGUUCCUUUCCGUCCCUCGCGUUUCGCGUGCCUGGCCAGAGCCGUAGGUCCCGGAGCGCCCCGCGGCCGCUGGCGUGAGAGGCCGCGCAACCUCUGCUGCGAUGAGGCCCCGGAAAGCCUGCCUGCUGGUCCUGCUCCUGGCGCUGGCGCAGCUGCUGGCCGUGGCGAGUGCCCAGGACCUGGACGAAGAUCCUAGUAGAGAAGACGCCACUGAGGAGGAAGACGAGGAGGAGGACGACGAGGAGGAGGAUGAUCUGGAAGUGAAGGAGGAAGACGGUGUGUUAGUCCUGAAUGACGCCAACUUUGAUACCUUCGUGGCUGACAAGGACACGGUCCUGCUGGAGUUUUACGCUCCGUGGUGUGGACAUUGCAAGCAGUUUGCGCCAGAAUAUGAAAAAAUUGCCAGUACUUUGAAGGAGCACGACCCUCCCAUUGCUGUCGCUAAGAUCGACGCGACCUCCGAGUCAGCACUGGCCAGCAGGUUUGGUGUGAGCGGCUACCCCACCAUCAAGAUCCUUAAGAAGGGGCAGGCCGUCGACUACGAGGGCUCCCGGACCCAGGAAGAAAUUAUUGCCAAGGUCAAAGAGAUCUCCCAGCCCAACUGGACGCCUCCACCGGAAGUCACGCUUGUGUUGACCAAAGAUAACUUUGACGAAGUGGUAAACGAUGCAGACAUCAUCCUGGUGGAGUUUUAUGCCCCCUGGUGUGGACACUGCAAGAAACUGGCCCCCGAGUAUGAGAAGGCUGCCAAGGAACUGAGCAAGCACUCUCCGCCAAUCCCCCUGGCGAAGGUCGACGCCACUGCGGAAACAGACCUGGCCAAGAGGUUCGAUGUCUCCGGCUACCCCACCCUGAAGAUCUUCCGCAAGGGGAAGCCUUUUGAUUACAACGGCCCACGGGAGAAAUACGGGAUCGUGGACUACAUGAUCGAGCAGUCUGGGCCGCCCUCCAAGGAGGUUCUGGCCCUGAAGCAGGUCCAGGAGUUCCUGAAGGAUGGAGACGAUGUUGUCAUCAUUGGCGUCUUCAAGGCGGCGAGUGACCCGGGCUACCAGCUGUACCAGGAGGCUGCUAACAACCUGAGAGAAGAUUACAAAUUCCACCACACCUUCAGCACUGAAAUAGCCAAGUUCUUGAAAGUCUCACCAGGGAAGUUGGUCAUAAUGCAGCCAGAGAAAUUCCAGUCCAAAUACGAGCCCAGGAGCAACGUGAUGGACAUCCAGGGCUCCACAGAGGGCUCGGCCAUCAAGGACUACGUGCUGAAGCAUACCUUGCCCCUGGUGGGUCACCGCAAGCCCUCCAACGACGCCAAGCGGUACACGCGGCGCCCCCUGGUGGUCGUGUACUACAGCGUGGACUUCAGCUUUGACUACCGAGCAGCCACUCAGUUUUGGCGGAGCAAAGUGCUGGAGGUGGCCAAGGACUUCCCCGAGUACACGUUUGCCGUGGCUGACGAGGACGACUUCGCCGCGGAGGUGAAGGACCUGGGCCUCAGCGAGAGCGGGGAGGACGUCAACGCCGCCAUCCUGGACGAGAGCGGCCGGAAGUUCGCCAUGGAGCCCGACGAGUUCGACUCGGACACGCUCCGCGAGUUCGUCACGACCUUCAAAAAAGGAAAACUGAAGCCGGUCAUCAAAUCCCAGCCGGUGCCCAAGAACAACAAGGGGCCAGUCAAGGUCGUGGUGGGGAAGACCUUCGACUCCAUCGUGAUGGACCCCAAGAAGGACGUCCUCAUCGAGCUGUACGCGCCCUGGUGCGGGCACUGCCGGCAGCUGGAGCCCGUGUACACUGCCCUGGGCAAGAAGUACAAGAGCCACAAGGACCUGGUCAUCGCCAAGAUGGACGCCACCGCCAACGAUGUCACCAACGACCGCUACAAAGUCGACGGAUUCCCCACCAUCUACUUCGCCCCCCGUGGGGACAAAAAGAACCCAAUUAAAUUUGAGGAUGGAAACAGAGAUCUGGAGCAUUUGAGCAAGUUUAUAGAAGAACACGCCACAAAACCGAGCAGGACCAGAGAGGACCUUUGAAGCUCUGACGUCUGUGGAGGGCAGGACGGACCAGACGCACUCACUGCCCGCUGCCGGCCCACGGGUCAGCGCGAGGGCAGUGUCUCACGUUUUUGUUUAUUUUUUAAAUUUUUUAUACUUCGGAAUUUCACCUGAUGCUCUGAAUACUGAAUAGAUAUGAAUGAAUGACUCAGUAGAUUAGUCCAGAUUUUUGCACAGAGGUUACAGCUAUUUUUAUCAUUAUUUGGGGGUUUGAUUUUUUUUUUUUAACCUUCCACUUUCUUUAAUAUAUUUCUUCAAAGCAGAUAAGUUGACUCUCUUCUGUGUGAAUGUUUUUUUCUUUUUUUAAUUUAAAAAUUUUAAAAACCUUUGCCAAAUCAUGUUGAUUUUUGCCCUUUGUCAUGUCUGAGGAAUUACUAGUUUGAGAUUUGACUACUGGCAUGCUUUAGUUUUUGUUUCUUCUUGUCGCGGCACAAGGUGAGAACUGUCUCUAAGCACCCUGCCAAGGACGACAUUUCCGCCGACCUCUGAGCCGCUGCCCAGUCCAGGGAGAAGAAGCAUCUCUGUGCAGGACCGGGCGUCGCCGUGCCUUCUCCUUUCAAACCAAGGACUGGGGCAAGAGCCUUUCCUAGAGCCCAGACCCCUCGAGCCAGGUUCUAAGGUACCGCCUCGGGGAGAGAGGCCACCUACCUGUGGGGAUAGCCCCGCCUCCAGAAUCCACAGGGCUGGAGGAAGAGACGACCUGGGGCACAGGUGGAUAUUUUAGGGGAAAAGAAAAGAUAGGGUAGGAUGUCAUGAUGGAAUAAAAGAAACAUUUAAUUAA